AUGGGGUACGGGCAAAUCCUCCACAAGCGCGGCUAUGAGGAGCAUCAGCUUCACCUCAAUGUGGGGGGUCUCCGCUUCCAGGUGGACGGAGACAUGUUGCUCCGCUUCCCUCACACGCGCCUGGCUCGCCUGGUGUGCUGCCGCAGCGAGGAGUCCAUCCUGGAGCUCUGCGACGACUACAGCGCCGCCGACCGGGAGUACUAUUUCGACAGGAACCCCCGGGUUUUCCUCUGCGUCCUCAACUUCUACCAAACGGGGCGCCUCCACAUGAUGGAGGAGCUGUGCGUCUUCUCCUUCAGCCAGGAGAUCGAGUACUGGGGCGUCCAGGAGUUCCACCUGGCCGACUGCUGCAACAACUGGUACCACGAGAAGAAGGAGUACAUGGCCCACCGGGACUGGGACGCCAGCAGCGAGGACGGCCCGCCCAGCUUGGCCUCGUCCAUGGAGGAGCUCUCGGCGCUGGAUCAGGACUUGGACAAGUUCAAGGGCGCCUGGUGCGCCGAGGUCAGGAGUUACGUCUGGCUCCGGCUGGAGGAUCCGGGUCAUUCCCGAGCCUCCAAGGUCAUCGCCUUGGCCUCGCUCAGCGUGGUGUUGACCUCCAUCAUUGCCAUGUGUGUCCACAGCAUGCCGGAGUUUCAGCAAGUGGACGACAACGACAAACCCAUCGAGGACCCGGUCCUCGCCAUCCUGGAGGUGAUCUGCAUCAUCUGCUUCUCCGCCGAGUUCAUCAUCCGGCUCUUUGUCGCUCCCUCCCGCCGGAAGUUCCUGGGGAACCCGUUGAACAUCAUCGACGUGGCCUCCAUCUUGCCGUUUUACGCCACCCUGGUCUUGGAAAACACGGACGAGGAGAGCGCCGAGGAGAACGAGGACCUGGAGAACGUGGGGAAGGUGGUGCAGGUUCUCCGCCUCAUGAGGGUUCUCCGGAUCCUCAAACUCGCCCGCCACUCCAUCGGGCUCCGAGCGCUGGGGGCCACCGUCCGGCACAGCUACAACGAGGUGGGACUGCUCCUCCUCUUCCUCUCGGUGGGGAUCUCCAUCUUCUCCGCACUUAUCUACUUCGCCGAGAAGGAGGAGCCCGACACGGACUUAGGCACCAUCCCGUCCGGGUGGUGGUGGGCCACGAUCACCAUGACCACGGUGGGCUUCGGCGACACCUGCCCGGUGACUCUCGCCGGCAAGAUGGUGGCCACUUUGUGUAUCAUCUGCGGACUUCUCGUGGUGGCGCUGCCGGUCACGAUCAUUUUUAAUAAGUUCUCCAAGUACUACCAGAGGAACAAAGCCAUGGAGAGGCAGUGCAUCCCUAACCCGGAGAGACAAGACCCCGACCUUCCUUACUACAACAUCCGGGACUUGUUCACUGACAGCGUCUAUCCUUUCAUCGGGGACAUCACCUUUGGGAACAGUGUCAGCAGCCUCGGCGACCAUACCGACGCUUCCAGCCUGCAUGAUGCGGACAUGUGCAAUAUUGACACCGGUCCAGCUCCGAAGUAA